ACAUAUACAGUAAAUGCACGCCUUGCGCAGGUGGUUGUAUUUAUUCUCGAUCAUCUUCAUCUACAAGAUAUAAGUACUUGAAAGGGCAAUCAAAGACGACCUAUGCUUUACAGUGAAUCGCAAUGCUAUGGUACGGCGAGAAUUUGGUUUCCGGGACUGACGUAAACCGCGUAAUUUCCCACACUGCCAAUUCGUCCAGUCCAAGUUUACGUCGUCAGUGGCCGCAUUUUCCUUCUUUCCUGACCAUCAUGUCGCAAUGGGGCCAGCAGCAAGGGUACCAGUACCCUAUGCAGACUGGAAUGCCCGGCGGUAACCCUCAGUUUCAACAAAAUCCCCAGUUACAACAAAAUGCUCAGUUUCAGCAAGGCUUUAGUGUACCCACAGGCGGUAUCUUGCCACAGAGAACCGGGUUUCCUGCUGGAAUUCAGCCCCAGCAACCUGGAUUUUCAGGUGGACUUCAGUCUCAGCCUACUGGAUUCGCCAUGCAAGCACAGCCGACCGGCUUUCCCAACUCUGGAUUCCUGCAAACCCAAGCAACUGGCUAUCCAGGUAUGAUGCAAGGGCAGCAGCUACGAGCGGCGCCUCCUCCUCCGGUUCCACCUAUCCCCAGCCAAUUUCAGCAGCAGAACUCCACGCCAACCUUUCUUUCUCAACCUCCUCAAAACCGGUCUUUCCUUAGUCCAUCUCCUGGAAUGGGCUCCGCUCGACCACUACUUCCUCAGGCAACGGGUUAUAUUGACCCUAAAUUACAGAUGAUGUCCAACACUUUUAUGCCUGUGAAUACUUCUAUGCCCUACAGCGCAACCGGUGCUCCGCAACUACCGUCAAACUUGCAAGGCGGUCUGAACUUGCAGCAGUCAUUCCAACAGCAGAAUCAGGGAUCUGCACCCAAGAUUCCUUGGGCUCUCUCAAGGUCUGAGAAGAAGAGCUAUGAUCAGAUUUUCAGAGCCUGGGACGCUCAGAGCACUGGUUUUAUCACUGGUCAGAACGCCUUGGAGGUAUUCGGUCAAAGUGGCCUCAGUAAAGACGAUUUGGCCAGGAUUUGGACUCUAGCAGAUGUAGACGAUCGCGGAAAGUUGAACCUUGCUGAGUUUCAUGUUGCUAUGGGUUUGAUUUACCGACGGCUCAAUGGCAAUGAUAUUCCCGAGACCCUGCCUCCCGAACUCGUCCCGCCGUCUGCCCGAAAUCUCGGUGAUUCUGUUGAUAUUCUCAAAGACCUUUUGAAGAACGAAACUCGCAACCGCUCCCCAACUACCCACGAUUCCCCUGUAUCUUACCUCAAAGAACGUUCUUUCAACUCGUCAGGCUCCUCGCUCGACUCCAGUAGGGAUGCAACCAUCUACAAGCAUAGCGAUGAUAGUUCGGGCGGCGUUUACACUUCUUCACGGCGUCAUGUUGAUCGUAGCGCUAUUCGUGGAACUCACGAUAAAAGCGGCGCCGGCGACAUUGACGAGAUGCGACACAUGCUCGAUAAUAGCUCGUACAUGGUAGACAAAACAUCGCAGGAGAAUGCUUCUAGGUCUGCGGAAGAUGAAGCUCUUGAUGCCGAGAGAGACGAUCUCAAAUACCGUAUUAAGCGUCUCACUGAAGAUUUGGACUACGUAUCACGAGGUCCUAGGACUGCGAGUAAGGAAGAAGACAAGAGACGAUUCGAAAGAGAACUCCUAUCAUUACGACACGAGAAAUUGCCUGAGUUGGAGAGAAAACUCAAGGCCAGGGACGAAAGGAGGGAAAGGGAAAAGAGGCAGUGGCAGAGAGAUCGCGAUCGUGCCAACGAGAGGACGGGGAGAUAUCGCGACGACAGAGAUGAUCGAUAUUCCUCUCCCAGGGAUUACGAUGAUCGUGAUAGACCUUAUUCGCGAGGAGGUUACGACGACGACCGUGAUAGGUAUCGAGAACGUUCUCGCUCCCGCGAUAGAAGAGAUUACGACAGGGACUACAGAGACAGAGGCCUCGAUAGGGACCGUGACUCUGAGUACUACAGAGAUCGUGAACGGAACCAGGAUAGAGAUUAUGACCGUCCACGCAGCUCCGCACGUACUCGGUCCCCUCCAGCGCCACCGCCUGUUGCGCCACCAAGCACCAUCCGUGAUCCUCCUCCGGCUCCGAAACCGGCGCCUUCCCCCGGUCCUUCGACCAAGAAUAUGACUCCCGCUGAACGACAAGCAUAUGCCCAAGCUCGAGCACAGCGGUUAAUUGAGGAGCGCAAAGCCAAACUAGGUCUUGUCGCCACACCUUCUCCCACUUCGGUUGACACAUCCGUCGAAGAUCGACUUGAGCAGGAAAAGAAGGAAGCUGAGGAGAAAGUCCGUGCUGCUGAGAAACAAGCUGAGGAAAGGGAGAAUCUUCGUAAAGAGAGGUUGGACCAAGAAAGGGCUUUAAAAGAAAAUAGCACACCGAAAACUGCUCCUACUCCUCCAGCUCCAAAAGCUGCUCCUCCACCUCCAGUCAGUAAACGAGCUCCUCCGCCGCCUAAACCUCGGACUAUCCGGGUGGCAGUACCUACCCCUCCAGCGCCUUCCAUCCCGGUUGUCGUACCCCCGGCAGCUCCCGCUGAGCCUGAAAUUAACGCAGAAGAUGAAGCGAUUCGUAAACGUCAAGAGGUUUUGAGGAAGGAGCGGGAAGCGCGUGCAGCCCGUUUGAAAGCACUUGAAGAGAUGGAGAAGGAAGCGGAACAGGCUAGAAUUGAAGAAGAAUUGUACCAGGCGAGACUGAAGGCUCUGAGUGAACGCCCCUCUGUGUCACCAGUUCCACCUUCUAUACCUGCAGCAGCUUCUCCUGUUGUUCCUCCGCCUGUUGCUCCUUCUCCUUCCGUGUCUGCGCCACCACCUCCGCCGCCGCCCGCACCUCCAGUUGCCAGCCCUCCAGUGUCUACGCCUGAUAAAUCUAGUACAAAUCCCUUUAGUCGUCUCAUGAAUCAAGGAGCAGGUGCAGGAGCCUUCACGUCUUCACCUCCUGCAGUUGCAAGUACGAACCCCUGGGCCAAACCUGCAGCAGCUAUAGCUUCUCCUGCACCGACACCGUCUGUUGCUGCUAGGGCUCCCAGUACCCCUACACCUAUCUCAUCCGGACCUAAACUAUACCAUACGGCCCCUCAAGAUGACGACGAUGACUGGGAUAUGGUCAAGGAGAAGGAUGAUGAUGAAGAUAGCAGCGACGAUGAGAUAUCCUCUUCCAGGGCUGUUCGAAAUGAUAUUGCAAAUAGGUUGUUCGGCAAUUUGUUACCUCGUCCUCAAUCGGGGCCUGGGUCUAGCCCGAGUUCGCCUGCGCCUGGUGCAAGCCAUACGCCUAAACCCGAGUCUCCAUCCAUGGGUAUCCCGCCACCUCCGCCAGCACCGCCCAUGGCUUCUACUGCUCCUACUGCUCCGCCGCCGCCUCCCAUGGUCGGAGGGGGAGCACCACCGGCUGCUCCUGGAGAUCGAGGCGCUCUCCUUAGUUCUAUCCAAAGUGGACUUCGCUUGAAACCCACAAAGACUGUGGACAAGAGUGGGCCUCAGCUAUCUGGAAAGGUAUUGGGUGAAUCCUCUCCUCCAGAACAUAUUACCGCUGCUGCUCGCCCACCAUCGCCUCCCUCACCUCCGCCUAUGGCUGCGCCCGAGCCUCCUGUUAUGAAUGUGAAGGAUAACCGUCAGUCGGUGGAUUGGUAUGCUGGUUUGGCGGCGGAUGUUGGGAAAACUUCCGUUCCUGUGGUUCCGGCCACGAUCGGUGAAGAUGCCGAAUAUGAACCGGAGUCUGAGCAAUACCAUGCGCCAAUCCCGGAUAUUCAAGUUGAUGUUGCCGAUCCCGCUUCCGAUCUGAUGGCCGAUAUCAACAAGUCUAUCACGUUGUCUGUAAGGUCACUCUAUCCGUUCGAGGGCGAUGGCCCCGAUGAUCUCAGCUUCGGAGAAAACCUUACCCUUACUGCUCAUCCUUCGAAAACGGGUGGCGAUUGGUGGUAUGGCAUUUUAGACUGUACCGGCAAGUCGGGUUUAUUCCCGAAGACAUAUGUACAGGAAGUAACGAAAGUCAAGGCCAAGGCACUUUACACGUAUACUGGAGAAAAUCCCGACGAGUUGUCAAUGGCCGAAGGAGACGAAGUUAUUAUCAUCGACCAGAGCGAAGAAGAAUGGUGGAAAGCAGAACAGGGUGGAGUAGUAUUCAUUGUGCCCGCGGGUUAUUUAGAAAUUAUCCAGGAUGGUGCUCUUCACACUACAACUGUUGCAAGCCAACUGAAAGAUGCCCAAAAUAUGUUGACAGUAAAUCCAACUGAAGUCGGAAGUUUGGAUCAUCUCAAUGUGGUGGAUGGUUUCAUUCAGAACAUUGAGCAGGUCGAACAUGAGGAUGAUGCUGCUGCUAGUGAUGCUUCAGAUUCUGAUACUGACUACCAUUCAUUCGAGGACAGUGACGGCGAGGAAAACAGUGAGGAAACGCAUGAAGAACGGGAGGCUCGCCGCGAACACGAACGUCAGAUGGUAUUGGAAGCCGCUGGUUUGAUCGUCAAGAAAGACGUUAAACCGCCACCGAGACCCCCCAAACGAAAAAGGCGACCUCCGCCUAUCGCUCCUCGAACACAGUCCGUUUCAUCCAUAUCUUCAAAGGAUCUUCCGAAAAUCCCUGAGUCUAUGCAAGGUCCAGAGCCAACCCCCUUGGACGAUGCUUUUGAAAGAUACGAAGCUUUCCGUCUCACACAGUCAGGCGCAGGUAACAACCGCCUCUCCGCUGCAUCUUUUGACACCGCGCUCUCUUCCCCUACGACUUCGGUGACUAUGUCAACUUCUCCUUCUAAAGACGGCGAAACCCGUUCACACUCUGGGAUUUUCCAUUUCCUCGGACGGUCCAAGACCCCGGUGGACAGCGACAGACGUACUCUGACAAUUUCCGCUCCCAUUCUGAGUUCCCUUUCUAAUGAAGAUUCCGCGCGCUCAAACAGUCCUGCAUUUGGGAGUUCUUGGGCCAGUUUGGUAGAUAAAUCUGCCCUGGAUGGUAUACCUUCCCACGAGAGACGCCGACAAGAGGCCAUCUUCGAGCUGAUCGCCACUGAAAACGCCUACGUUCGAGAUCUACAGCUUGUAGUUGAGGCCUUCUACUCCAAACUGUUACCUCUUCUGGACCGAAAGGCAAUAACUGUGAUUUUUGCAAAUAUCGAAGAUAUCUUGUUAACAAACAUUACAUUCAUGAGUUCGCUCGAGGAAAGGCAGAAAGAUUGCAGGUUGUACAUUGAUCGGAUCGGUGACAUAAUAGAGAAUUACAUGUCGAGUAUGGGUGUCUAUAUGGAAUAUUGUGUCAAUCAAGGCAAUGCAAUCAAAGUCUUGCAAGACAUCCGCAAUUCGAACUCUGAAGUCGCGCUGCAACUUCAACACAUUCGAGAUGGCCCAUCGUCGAGGAAUCUGGACUUGUCUAGCUAUCUGCUAAUACCUAUGCAACGCAUUACGAGGUAUCCACUCCUCAUAAGACAAAUCUCUCACUAUACUUUACCAGGGGAAGAGAAAGAUUCGAUUGAUCGAUCGAUUGAAAUUGCUGAGAAAAUCCUUAACCAUAUCAACGAAGCGAUUCGAUAUCAGGAGGGGCAGGAGACGCUGAAGCGAAUUUCCCAGUAUCUAUGGAUUGGGCAAGGGCGACUGGAUCUCACAGCUCCGACGAGGUACAUGGGUGUACGAAAACUCUUAAAGGAGGGCACCUUGACAAAAGCCAAAAGCGGAAGAAGACUACACGCAUUCUUGUGCAGUGAUAUUUUGGUGCUCACCGAUGAUAAAGUCCAAAAUCUUUAUCGUAUGCCUAUCGCAUUGUCAGAGACGCAAGUAAAAGAUCUUCCUGGAAACCGAGAUGAUCUUGCAUUCCAAGUUGCACUGCCAUAUCCUCGUGGUGGCGAGACUAUUGGACUGCGAGCUACUUCCGCGAGGGAUUGUCAAGUGUGGGUGAAAGCAAUUGAAGAUGCGAGCCGAAAGUGCAAGGAUGCUGAAAAGCGGGCGGCCAGGAAGCAGCGUGCUUAGUGCAUGGAUUCCGAGAGUUCGUACUGCAAGGACUGGAUACUAAUAAUUCAGGAAUAAUAUUGGACAAGUACAUAGAAUU